UUCAGAUCAACUUCAAAGUUUUCGAGCUCCUUUCACUUCAAAAAUAUAUUAGUUUGAAAUAGUAGAAAAAUUGUAUUAAGUUUGUAAAAUAUUAAUAUUAGUUAAUUAUGCCGAUCGCCAGACGCAGAUAUCGCCGUGCAAAAGCUCGAUUGGCCAAGGCCGCAGCUCGACUAACAGGAGACAACAUCGAAGGUCCUUCUAACCAACAAGCCAAUCAGGACAAUCCAGGAUCAGUACAAGAGCAGACUCCAGGAAGGGAGAUCACUGUCAGCCCCUAUAACACCGUUGAGUCACAUCGCCACUGGGGUGUAUUCUUGAACCGAAGUCGCACCCAUCCCAUCCGAUUGCUCACUACGGCUCUUAUUCGCUAUGAAGGUGAUGAUUUUGGCGAAAAGAGAUUCGUUGGUGACUUCGGGGGCAACCUGUGCGAAUUUCGGGUCUGGUCACCUUUCCAGUCCAAACUGGCUGCCGGCAUAAUGAAUGGUCUUUCGGAUCUACAUCUGAAGAGUGGAGCCAAUGUGCUUUAUUUGGGCGCCGGCUUUGGCCAUACAGUGUCGUAUGUGUCGGACAUUAUUGGAGAAUCGGGAAUGGUGUAUGCCGUGGAGCAGGGUCCUUGGGCUGCACGCCAGCUAACAACCCUAGCCAAUCGCCGGCCAAACGUCGUGCCCGUAAUGGAAGAUGCCUCCAUGCCUUACAAGUACCGCCAUCAAGUGCCCGCCGGUAUCGACAUAAUUUUUUGUGACUUGCCGCUGUCGGAUCAGGUGCGAUGUCUGAUGCUGAACGCUCGUCAUUAUCUUUCCAUUGGAGGAUACUUUUUGGUGUUCGUGCGAGCAAACAUUUUGGAACCGAAUGUAGCAAACACCUUGGCCCUGGAGAAAGAACGUCUCAAGCAGCAUCAACUGGAGCCGCUUGAGGAGGUACUCUUGGAUCCUUUCAUGCCUGGAUUUGCCCUAGUGGCGGGCGUGUACACGCGUGAGGUGCCGCGUGAUUAGUUUAAGUUCAUUUUAGUGGGUGGUGGCGGUCUAUAUUGUGUUAAAGGUGGUGGAGAAUAUUAUUUUUUUCGGCUUUGGUUACAUAACAAUAAUCAAUAGUACACAUAACACAGAUCAUUUGAACACUAAAACCAAGA